AAGAGCCGCAGAAUUAUUACAGCAUUUCCUGCAGCGGCCAAGACCUUCCUUGGGCGUCAAGUUACCGGCUGAGUAAUGGCCGCGGCUCGGCUUCUCCUCCGGCCGUCCUUUUUCUUAUCCAUUUUUUUGGUCCUUUCUCCUAUGACUUGUUCGAUGACAGAAUCCGAAGCAUUGCUGAAUCUCAAGAAGUCGUUGACAAAUGCCGAUGCUCUCAAUUCUUGGGUGCCCGGCUUGCCGCCUUGCAAUGGCGUCCAUUGGAUUGGACUACUUUGUGACGAUGGAAUUGUGACGGGUCUUCGCCUCGGAGGAAUGGGUUUAUCAGGGAAAAUAGAUGUCGAUGCUUUGCUUGAACUUUCGGGUCUUCGAAGUAUUAGCAUUAUGAACAAUACAUUUUCGGGUCCGAUACCGGAAUUCAGCCAGUUACGUUCUUUGAAGGCCAUUUACUUGUCAGGGAAUCAGUUUUCAGGUGAAAUUCCAUCGGAUUAUUUUGCAAAAAUGGAGUCUCUGAAGAAAGUUUUUCUUUCUGAUAACAAAUUUAUGGGCAAAAUCCCUUCUUCGUUGGCUCAACUUCCCAAUCUCAUUGAAUUACGUCUUGAAAACAACCAAUUCAGUGGAAGUAUUCCUUCUCUUGAUCAACCAACAUUGAUGACAAUCAAUGUCUCAAACAACAAAUUGGAAGGGGAAAUCCCGGCCACUCUAUCGGAAUUUAAUGCAAAUUCGUUCGCGGGAAAUGCUGACCUUUGUGGAGGAAAUUUGGGCAAGGAAUGUCAAAAAGCCGUUGAUCAGCAGCUCACAAAACCAAAUAACGAUACUCAUAAGCCCGGUACUAACAAUAAGAAUGGUUCCAAAAAGACAAUUGCUGCAAUCAUAAUAACGGUGGUGGCGCUUUUAUCAAUUGUUCUUGUGUUCAUCAUAAGAUCAGGGCCGGCAAAGCCAAAGACAGAGGAUGUCGAUGGGUUUGUAGAACAUGAUGAGAAGCGAAAUGAAGAAGAACCGGUUGAGGUGCAUGUGUCUCAGUCCGGGCCAAAUAAGAAAGAACCCUAUACAAUCCGAAAGGGGAGCGGUAGCGCAUCAAGCCGUAGGGCUUCCAAUCACGGCAAGGGCAGCGGCGUGGGAGAGCUAGUGGUGGUGAAUGACGAAAAGGGUGUCUUUGGGUUGUCGGAUUUGAUGAAGGCGUCGGCAGAAGUGCUUACAAAUGGGGUGCUGGGGUCUUCAUACAAGGCCGUGAUGGCUAAUGGGGUGGCAGUGGUUGUGAAGAGGAUGAAGGAGAUGAAUGCAUUAGGAAGAGAUGCAUUUGAUGCAGAGAUUAGGCGGCUCGCAAAGUUAAGACACUGGAAUAUCUUGACGCCUUUGGCUUACCAUUACCGGAAGGAAGAGAAGCUAUUGGUCUCUGAGUACAUUCCCAAUGGCAGUUUACUCUAUAUAUUGCAUGGUGAUCGAGGACCGUCACAUGCUGAGCUCGAUUGGCCUGCCCGUCUAAAGAUUGUCCAAGGAAUUGCCCAAGGGAUGGGUUAUCUUCACACACAACUCGAUUCCUCUGAUAUACCCCAUGGAAAUCUCAAGUCCAGCAAUAUUCUUCUCAGCCCUGACUACGACCCAUUGCUCUCAGACUACGGAUUGAGCGUAUUGAUCAGCCCGGCAAAAGCAGCGCAAGCAUUCUUUUCAUAUAAGGCACCCGAGGCAGCACAGUUGGGCCAAGUAUCUCCUAAAUGCGACGUCUACUGUCUAGGAAUCGUCAUUCUUGAAAUCCUCACCGGGAAAUAUCCUUCCCAAUAUCUAAGCAAUAAUAAGGGCGGCACUGAUUUAGUCCGAUGGGUGGCAUCGGCUGUUAAUGAUGGGAGAGAAUCGGAAUUGUUUGAUCCCGAAAUAGCGAGCUCUAGAAAUUCGCUUGGUGAGAUGGAAAGACUCCUCCACAUUGGCGCAGCUUGUACUGAAAGUCAUCCCGAACAACGGCUAGACAUGAUGGAAGCCAUUAGAAGAAUACAGGAGGUAGAGGUGGAGGGAGAGGGAGCCGAAGAUGAGGUUGCUAGAACAAUGCACGUGUUACCAUCGCUCCGAGACGGGUACGCAGAUUCUGUGCCACCGGCUCACGUGUCAAGAGGCUCACAGGAAGGCCUUAGGGUGAGCUCUUCGAGGAGACGUGAAUCAGCUGACAGCCUUGUAAGCCAAUCAGGGCGUCACAGUGAUGACAGUUUUGCCUUUGCCAUCUCAUAAUCUGUAAAGCAGUUUCUUCGAUCUGUUCUUUGGAUCAAGGAUCGAUGAUAUAUAGAUGUCUGUAGUCAACCCUGAAGGGGAAUGAUCAUGAGUCGACUUGAAAAAGUUUUUGUGCGAGAGAAA